GGGUACUUUGGGGGUAAUGGCUGCGAGGUGAGAUGAGCGGAUCGGCCGCAUCCUUUGAGCGUGAGGCGCUUCUAUCGAGAGGACCGUUAACUCGGGCGGUGCCGAGUUAAAAUGGUCGAUAUCCGACCCGAAAAAGCACUCCAAAAAACGUUGUACAUAUUGCGAACAUCUCCUUCAAAUUGCGUCCGCUGUCUUAGUGGUCAGUUCUGCCUGCCGAUCCGAGGUUAAGCUGAGGCCAUGGCAGUGAAGGACCGUGUAGAGGCGGUGCUCAAUGUGGGCCUGCGUGUUCCCAGCAUCAUGCUGCUGGACGUCCUGUACCGCUGGGACGUCAGCUCCUUCUUCCAGAAGAUCCAGCGGUCCAGCCUAUCCAACAACCCCCUGUUCCAGUACAAAUACCUGGCACUCUACCUGCACUACGUAGGUUACAUCCUCAGCCUGGUACUCCUGACUCUGCCUCGUCAGCACCUGGUUAAACUCUACCUGUAUGUCCUCACGGCCCUGCUGCUGUUUGCUGGUCACCAAGUCUCAAGGGAUUAUGUCCGCAGUGAGCUGGAUUCCGGCUACGAAGGACCUGUCUACCUGGAACCUCUUUCCAUUAACAGAUUCACCACUGCACUCAUUGCUCAGCUGGUGGUGUGUACGCUAUGUUCCUGUGUGAUGCAGACCAAGAGGAUUUGGCUGUUCUCUGCUCACCUCCUCCCUCUGGUGGCCAGACUGUGUCUGGUCCCUCUGGAGACCAUUGUUUUCAUCAAUAAGUUCUCCAUGAUCUUCACUGGCCUGGAGGUUAUUUACUUCCUGGCUUCUAACUUGUUGGUACCGUACAACCUGGCCAAGACGGCCUACAGGGAGCUGGCCCAGGUGGUGGAAAUGUACGGGCUGCUUGCAUUGGGUAUGUCUCUCUGGAACCAGCUGGUCCUUCCGGUACUCUUCAUGUGUUUCUGGCUACUGCUGUUCGCUUUGCAGAUCUACUCCUACUUCAGCACCAGAGACCAGCCUACCUCGAGGGAGAGGCUCCUUUUUCUCUUUCUCACCAGUAUUGCAGAGUGUUGUAGUACACCGUACUCCCUUCUGGGUCUGGUUUUCACCGUCUCCUUCAUCGCUCUGGGAGUUCUCACACUCUGCAAGUUCUACCUGCAAGGCUACAGAGCCUUUAUGAAUGACAACACCAUGCACAGAGGGAUGACAGAAGGCAUCACCCUGCUGAUCCUCGCUGUCCAGACGGGCCUCAUCGAGCUUCAAGUCAUCCACCGAGCCUUCCUCCUCUCCAUCAUCCUCUUCAUCGUUGUUGCUUCUAUCCUGCAGUCCAUGCUGGAGAUAGCUGACCCCAUAGUCCUGGCCCUGGGAGCAUCGAGAGACAAGAGUUUGUGGAAACACUUCAGAGCGGUGUCUCUGUGUCUCUUCCUGCUGAUCUUUCCGGCCUACAUGGCCUAUAUGAUCUGUCAGUUCUUCCACAUGGACUUCUGGCUACUCAUCAUCAUCUCCUCCUCCAUCCUCACGUCACUGCAGGUACUCGGCACUCUGCUGAUCUACAUUCUCUUCAUGGUGGAGGAGUUUCAAAAGGCUCCAGUCGAGAACAUGGAUGAAGUCAUCUACUGCGUCAACGGGACGUACCGCUUGCUGGAGUUCCUGGUCGCGGUGUGUGUGGUGUGCUACGGCGUGUCAGAGACGGUGUUCGGGGAGUGGAGUGUGAUGGGCAGCACCAUCAUCCUGGUCCACUCGUAUUAUAACGUGUGGCUCAGAGCCCAGCUGGGCUGGCAGAGCUUCCUUCUCAGGAGAGAUGCUGUGAACAAGAUCAAAAGCCUCCCCACGGCCAGCAACACACAGCUGGAACAGUACAACGACAUCUGUGCUAUCUGCUACCAGGACAUGAACAACGCUGUGAUCACUCCGUGCAGUCAUUUCUUCCACGCUGGCUGUCUGAAGAAAUGGCUUUAUGUCCAGGAGACGUGCCCCCUCUGUCACUCACAACUAAAGAGCCAAUCGCCAACCACCAACCAAGACGCCCCGGCAGCCAAUCAGAGCCCCGCAGGGCAAGAAGAAGUAGCCGCGGCGGAUAAGAAGCCGAAAGAUGGCGCGCUUUCAGAUGACGCGAAGAGGGAGGGAACAGCGGAGCAGGAGGGAGGUAAUGGACCUGCCACGUCAGCUGGAGAAGGCUCCUCCUCUGGUGGGCCCUCUAGUCCCGAGCACCUUGCCCAGACUCCAUCAUCAUCAUCAUCCUCUUCCUCGUCUCCUUCCCCACUUGUGACUGAAUCUCAGAAGCAGUCCCUCACGGAUCAGCCUUCUUCGUCUUCCACCUCUUCCUCUGCCACAACGGACAUGCUCCCCUCUCCUCAAUCUCCCUCCCACUCCUCCCCCUCACAGCCGGUGGUCCAGGCAGAGAUGACCCCGGCUCGACCCGAGCCCGCCCCUCAACUAAGCCGAGGCUUCUUAUUCGACAGCGAGGAGUCACCUGCUGGUCCAUCGUGGCAGCUUGAGCAGCCCACCGCUCCUCCUCCAUGCAGCCUCUGAGCCACACACACCACAUACGUGCAUGCACAUAUAAACACACAAUCUAAAUACUCCAUCUGCUAAUAUUCUGCCUAUAUUCUACUUAUCCAGCGGUUGGCUAUCUCAUCAUGUCAGAAAAUUCAACUCUUAAAAACCAAAACAAUCUCUCAGCAGACAUUCAUCGCUCAACAGUAAGACAGGCGAUUGUCUUGGACCAGUGCAUUUAAAAAUGUGUUUAACUUUCAUGCCAGCAAUGAUUUCAUUCUCCAUUCAACACAAGAAGAGCAACGCAGUGAUCACAUUGGAAAACUAAUUGGUAGGUCGACAUCAUGUCCACGAAAUGUGAAAUCCUGCAUGAAACUAAAGGACCACAUCACAGACAUUUAGACAGAUGAUGACAUUUCUAAAAGUCCUGCUUAUGUCCCUCUCAUUUCAUGUGAUUGUUGCUCCCAUCAUGCCUUUUUGUUUGUGCAGCGUCACUCUCACUGCUGUACUUGUCUUAGUGUUUGGGUUUUGUCUGUAGUCCUGUACGUGCCAUGAUCUAACGAGGAGCGGGUCGGAGGUCUGGAGAGUUCCGGUGGGCCAGCGACAGCUGAUGGUCGUUUCAUGAAGUCUACAGAUUUCUGACUUUUUUUUUUUUUGGUUUCCACUGUUGGAUGACAGUAGCUCUGUGUACUGGUGGACACACUGAGCGUUAGCAGAGACUGAAUGUUGCUUCUUGAGGCCGUCACGUAACCUGAAGCCUGGCGCUAAGCAGAGGAUACAUGGUGGGGGUCUACUUAAGUGUGUGAACAAAUCAAAGGGUUCACAUGGGAGAACUAAUUCAUUUCACGUGUCGAGCUUUCUCUAUUAUACGUCUUCAAUAUUUGAUUCAAACUUGUUUGGCUGGUCCCAGCAAAAAAAAAAAAAACAGUUCUACUCCUCAUCGCCAAACUUUUGUAUUACUGUUAAAGAGAUGCUAUUUUUAAGAUCAUUUAUACAUUAUGUUUAUUGGACAGCCCUGCACUGCAGACGGACUGAGAAUACAGGAGAGAAAGACGGAGGAGGGAGAUAACAGAGGCCGCAGUUUGUAUUUGAACCUUUCAGCAUUGGGAGAAUUAGCCCACAAACUCUUCAGUCGUCGCCUUUACUUCACUCAUGGUACUCGCCCGCACUCACCUUGCUGAGCUCGGCUGAUUCACAAACGCAUUUAACCAGUCCACACCCAAGUUUCCCAACGAGCCAGCGACGGUUGAGACUCAUCAUCAUCAUGGCAGGAGCCAAUCAGCUCGCUCCAUCCAUUUUUUUUUUUUUUUUUUUUUUUUUUAAUAAUCGCAUCGAAGCACCCUGACCAUCACUAUCCUCCUGCUGCUCAGUCACUUCACUCCAUGAAAUGUUACCACCAGCAAAUUGAGUCACUUGAUAGGAGAGCUUUUUGUUUAGU